UAACGACGUUGAUUAUCAGGUAUUUAUUAGAACAUAUUAAAUAUUAAUAUAGUAUAUUAUCCCUUAUAGUAUAACUAACUUGCAAUCUAGUUUACACUAUACUUGAUAACAUUUUUUUCGUCUAAUUUCUAACUGUACGUUGAUUAAGCAAGUGUCCGGAUUCGUUUGAGUAACAAUUAACAGCGUUCAAACAGAAUUCGGUUACACAAACUAUAGCAAACAAUCAAACUAGACACUCGAAACUUGCCCGAUUUUAAUCUUCAACAUAUUAUUAAAACCCCGACCACAACACCGCGAAUUCGACUUCUUAUUGAUUGAAAUUUGAAUAUGAAAUGUUGUAGAUGUUAGCGAUCUUCGACGAUCCCGUUGCAUUGUCGCAAAUGGAGAACAUUCUGCUUAAUGCAGAUUUCUACGGUCUUGAAGUACCCAAUAUGGAUGAAAUUCAAACAUCGCCACCAGUGGAAGACUAUAAGGAGGUCGAAAAUAAUGACGAAUACCAGAAUGAAGUUUAUAUCGCGCCCAAGCAGAAUAAACAAAAGCACGUUUUCGCAGUACCGAAAAUCUACAACUGCUUGUACUGUGAGAAGCGAUUCUACAACAAAAAGGCGAUUCGUAAACACCAGCUGAAACACGCAGAGGAGCAACUACGUUGUACUCGCUGUGGUCUGCGAACACAUAAUAUCGAAAUUCUUCGCCGACAUACUAUAUACUUUCAUUGCAUCCAUUACAGACACAGCACAGUUGCUACAGCACCAAUAUAGGAAUAAUUUUCAAUUAUUUAGAAUCUCAAUUAAUGGAUCUCGAUCCAUUGUUCAUAUAUUUUAACCGUUCUAUAAAAAUUAUACUAAAGGUUUUA